AUGAAACUGAGCAUCGAAGAAAAUGAUUCAAAAAACAAUGACAUUUUGUGGGAGUCGUUAUAUAACGACUUCAAUGAAAUUACCAACACAAAUAAAAAACACUGCAACAAUAUCGAAAACAGUUUGUAUAAUUUUUGUAAAGGGGUAAGUUCAUCGAAUAAUUUAAGUUACAAUUUAAAAAAGAGAACGAACAAUGAAUCGUUAUUUUUUAACUAUGGAAAAGAAGUGCCAACAGUACCUACAGGAGGAAGAGGAGAAGGGAGGGAGGGGGAUACUGGAGAAACAGAUAGUGGUAAUAUGAACAGAGAAAUGUUAGGGUUAAGAAGUGUCAAAUGGAACCAUUUAAACAGUCAAUUGAUGUUGAAUAAAAAAAAUGUGGAGAAAGAAGAGUUAGAGGAAAAACUAGAAAAGGAAGUAGAAGUAGAAGCAGAAGAAGAUGAAGAUGAAGGAUAUCUAAAUAAUGAGAAUUCCAGACGCAACCGUCAAAUGUUAAAAGAUUUUGAAAUAAAAAAAAGUGAUCUACUAAAGAAACAUCAUUCGACAUAUUUACUGAAUAAUAAAUAUUACGAUGGAGAUUAUGUGAAGAAUAAUUAUCUUCAAUUUGAAAAUGAUUAUUUGAAGAAUGAAACGUAUGUCACUAGCAAUGAUAUUAUAAAUAGUGAUAAGACGAGAAGUUCAGAAUAUCUUAACAGUAACAAUAAUAAAAACUCUCCUACUACUACUACUACUAGUAGAGGAAGUAUUUCAAAGUUAACAAAUUAUAAUUCACAUUUCGAUGAACAGAAUAAAAAAGAAACUAUUAUUGACAAGGGUAAAUGGGUGAAGCAUAGUAAUAGUAGCAAUAGUGGUGGUAGUGGUGGUGGUGGUAGUAAACCUGUUUAUUCUCACGCACGCAACAACAGCAUGUUCAAUCUGAUGAAGUACAAAUUAGCUCUAAAAGGGCUUGGCAUUGAUAAAAGAUUAGAAACGUGGAAUAAUACCAAGGAUAUUGAAUGUAGUAGUAAUAACAAUAUACAUAAUCAUGUGAACAAUGGUGGGGAGAAAAAUCCUUUUUCUAAGAGAGACGAAGAAGUUCAUCACCGAAGCAUUAGUUUAAGCAAAUAUAAUUUUAAUAAUAGCAAGGAAUUAUUUAAAAAAAGGGAAGAAGACUUUACGUAUCUUUUAAAUAACAAAAAAAUUUAUGACAAUGUUGAAGAUGAUGGAAGAGGAAUGCUCUGGAGAGAAUACAGUAACGACUAUUCAGCAUUAAAUGUGUUUCAUAAUUAUACAGGUGGAAAUGGUGGUGGUGUUAAUAUGCUGAAGACGAAGAGUAUAUUUAAUAAAAUGAAAAAGUAUAGAAAUUUUAAUGUAAAGUUAGAUCAAAAAUCGUGUGUAAAGUCUGAUCUAAAGUCUGAUGUAAAUUUUACUUGUAGAAGCGAAAUUGGAAUCGAUAUCGGACUAGACAUGAAUAGUGAAAAUGAUAGUUACAAAUAUGACGACCCAUUUAAUCAUAAUCAUGAAAUCCAUCAUGAUGAGAAACAAAGAAUGGUGAGUUACAACUCAUUAGAGAAAUUAGAUCAGUUGUUAAAAAACAAGUGCAAAUACAUGAACAGUAGCUUGAGUGAAAUUGAUUUCUUUUUUCGGAAACAAAAUAAAUUAAAAAAUGACAGCUUUAAAAAGUCCUUUAUGAGUUGUGAUAAUUACAAAAUAGAUUCUGUCAUUUCAGAAACGCUUAAUAGAACAACUGAAUUGGAUAAGAGUGAAUCAUCUCCCAUGUCAGAACAAAUGGAUGAAAUUAGUAAUCAUAACCAAUUGAUAAGCAGAUCCAAAGAACUAAUUGAAAGAAGUAAAAAAUGUUUGGGUACAUAUUCUGAAGGACAUGAUAAAUAUGCCUUCGAUGAUUCUUCUUCCUAUCCAAAAAUGGAUAAAACUGAGCAGCAUGGCAAUCAUAACAAUAUCAUUAAAAUGUAUAAUAUUUCUAAUGACUUAGUCGAAUACGCAUUUCCCCCUCUCCUCAUGGAAUCAAAGAAGAGAAACGAAAAUGUUGCAACACGUAGUAAAUAUAAUCUUGAAUAUAAUUUUGUCAAUGAGAUAGAAGGUCAUUAUGAUGAACAAGUGUUGUGCGAUCAUUCCUAUGGGAAAACGGGAAAAGGAGGAGGAGCAAGAGUUAAGUCGGAACAGACGAAAGAAAAUACGUGCAGCAGGAGUGGAAAAAUGGGGAGUACCACAUGUGAAGGAGAAACGGCAGAAAUGAACGAACAACAGAAUAGCAAAAGUGUUAAUAACCUGUUUGAGGCAUAUGACAAGGAAAAAAUAUCAGAUGUGAACAUAAGCAUGGGGAAUAAUGUUCCCCGUCAAGAGGGUACAGACGUAGAGUUUAUUUGCAUGGAAAAGAAGAAGAACAGCAUCGACAGAAGUGGCAGCAGCAGCGGCAACAUUUUGGAGAAUGAUAAGAACAUUGUUGCAAAUAAGGAGUGCAAAGGUGAAACCAGUUGUAUGACACCAAAUAAUAAUGGUUGUAGAGAAAAAAAUGAAGAAUACCGAAAUUGCAAAAAUGAAAGGGCUGAAAGUAGUAGUGUAGUAAAGGAUUACAAUUUAAACAUGUUAUCUGGAAAUAAUUCAGAUGCUUUGACAAAAGAAUACAAUAAUUGGGGUAGUGCAAUUUUGCGCGAAAAAAACUCGAUGGUGUUAGAUGAACAAGUGAAAACAAAUCCCAAGAAAACAAAAACAGAAAUAAAAACAAAACAAACGAACGAUAUGGACAACAUGACUGACGUGGCAGAGAAGAGGAAAUUAAAUUUCGAUGAAAACAUAGCAGAAGCAGGAGAAGAAGCAGGAGAAGAAGAAGGAGAAGAAGAAGGAGAAGAAGGCGAAUUUUAUAGUUUGGUUUCUAAGUCCAAAUCAAAAAAUACAAAAUAUCCAGAGAACAAUGAUGAAGGCGAUUUGUCAAUCGACGUUGAUGGCAACAGUGCUGCAAAUGAACAACGCCCAACGUGUAUGUCUCACGAUCCAUCAGCCUCAUUUGAGCGUAGCUGUGCGAGUGCAAAAAAGGUUUUUUAUAAUUACGAGGUACCAAAGGGAGAGGAAGAACUUGUCAAUAGCGAGAGCAUCAGGGGAGGGGACAGUGUUAGAGGUAGUGUUAGAGGCAGUGCUAGAGGCAGUAUUAGCUGCAAGAAUGGUAAAGUGUCCCACUUAGACGAUCGAGAUGGAGAAGAUGUCGAAGUGUGCAUCAUGAAAAAUAAAUCUGUACAUAAGGAGGAAGUUCCAAAGACGGAUGGGGGAGGAGUAGAUGGCAAUUAUAUUGGAAAAAACCACGUGAACUUACGUAAAUUUAUUAUGCAUCCAGAUUUUGUUGAAAAGUACAGUUAUGAGAAAAAAGAAAAAGUACCCUAUGAAGAAGAAAUGAAAAUAAGUGAUGGCCAACAAAAGGCAUUAGAUGAAUGUUACGACAUGAUUAAGCAUUCAAAUGAUGUGAAGCGAUUAUUUCGAGAAAAGAAUUUUUUACAAGAUUUAUGUGAAAAACGAAAAAUUCUUAUACAGAAAAGCAAAAUAGAAAACAUGAAAUUAAAUGUUGAGAUAAAAUCACUAUUAAGUUAUAACAACAAUUUAAGUUAUGCAUUGAAAGAAAAGGAUGCAGAAAUAAAAAUCUUAAAGAAACAGAAAGAAGAACUUGAGAUGAAUUUGAUGAAACGCAUAAAUAAUAAUGGAAACACUCAUUAUUCUCCCCUUACCAGUUUUACCACACACCAAAAUUUUGGAAGAAAUGGUAAAAGUGUCUACAGUGAUGACACAGCUGAGAGUUGCAAACUUUUAUCAAAUAGAAAUACAUGCUCCAUUUUGAAUAACCUUGAUCAUGCAAGUAGUAUUGACAACAACGGUGGUACCAUUAAGUGUUACGAGGAAAGAAUUCAGGAGUUGCUCGUUCAGGUGAAAAUGUACCAAACGCAGAACAGCGACUUGCAGGAGCAGUUGCGGAUUUUCAUGAGCGACUGA